AUGAACUUUACGACCACAGCUACUUCCCACACGGCCUUCCGAGAGUCUCUGGAAGGUCAGACAAUCACCAUACCAAAUAUCUAUCAGCUAAUUCCCGGGUGGAAUCCUAGGCUGCACAAAGAAUACGAAAGGGCAAGAGAUGACAUUCUUAAUCCUUGGAUUGAAAGGUGGGUGGACGACAAGGGUACAGCGCGAAAGCUCAAGGCAGCCGACUUUGUCUUUGACUGUGGUGCUUUAAAGUACGAUACGUACGUCGUUGGAGCCUACAGAGAAGCCAGCCUACAAUAUUUCAAGUUCACUCUCAUUGACGAAGGAGAGGCGCCAGACCUUUCCAGCUUUGACAUGGAACUACAGAAAAGCCUACAGUGCUGGGAUGAAGUUGGUUUGCAUAUCCACCAGAUCUGUUCGAAAGAAGGUCUAGAGACUCGUGAAAUUCUAUGCGAUGAAAUGCUACGAUAUGUUGGAAGCCUGAACAAUGUGGAUAGUAUUUUUGAUGACUGCUGCAUUCCCUCCCUAGAACAAUACUGGGACCGCCGUGAGGCCACGGCUGCUGCAUAUUGUGUAGUAGCUACAAUUCCGUAUGGCUAUCUUACUCUUCCACUUUUCAACACAGAACGACUAAUGAUUGAAGCUUUAUCUAUGGACUAG